AUGGCUAUUAUGGGCAAAACUGUUCCCACACGUGUGGCAAGUGUAAAAUUGGAACUGUAUGCAACCACAUCUCAGGAAUUUGUCAUGAAGGCUGUCAGAAUGGAUGGAGUGGAUCAGGUUGUCACGAGUGUAAAGAUGGAUUUUAUGGAUCCAGUUGUGGUGAAUCUUGUGGAAAUUGCAAUCAAAGUACAUGUAACAAAAGCAACGGACACUGUCCUACUGGAUGUUAGGGGGAGUGGAAAGGUGUCAGAUGUGAUGGAUUUAUACGGGGAAAAUCGCUUCAUUGCAACACAAGGUCCUCAGAAGAAUACAAUUAUUGACUUUUGGAGAAUGAUAUGGCAAGAGAAUAUUGAAUGCGUUCUUAUGCUGACAAAUCUUGUAGAAAAUGGGAAGAACAAAUGCAAGGAGUACUGGCCCAAUAAAGAUCGCUCUAUGAACAUCGGUCCAUGUAAAAUUCGCCUUUUGGAAGAAACUACCUAUGCUUUCUUUACUGUUCGGAAGUUCUCACUUCAGAGAGAAAACUCAAACUCCUUGAGAACAAUCACCCAGUUCCAUUAUACAGCUUGGCCAGAUCAUGGCACUCCAGAGGAGAUAGGAAUUGUUCAGUUCCACAGAACUGUUAUCAAAAUUUACCAAGCUAGAUCUCCAUUACUGGUUCACUGCAGUGCCGGAGUGGGCAGAACAGGAACAUAUAUUGGUCUGAAUGUGUUACUACAUCAAGGAAGAGAAACGGGGCGGAUCAAUGUUUUUGAGUUUGUGAAGCAAAUGAGAGAGGAUCGUAUGAACAUGGUUCAAACAGUUGAGCAGUAUGUGUUCUUGCAUAAAGCAUUACUCUGUGGAUUUCAAGAUCUAGAAACUGUAAUUUCUGAACGUGAUCUUCAAGCUAAAGUACUCACCCUUCUGAACGAUGCAUCACCUUUUAAUCAACAAAAACUGAACAAAGAGUUUCAGUUGUUGGUGGCCUUGAAACCCUUUUAUGAUAAUGUGAUGAAAGAAGAUGCUGUGAAACCCGCAAACAGAGCAAAAAAUGUGGAUAUGAAUAUUUUGCCAGCAUCAAAAUACAGACCCUACUUAACAUCCUAUGUUAGAGGAAGUAAUGACUACAUCAAUGCAGUCUUCGUUUCCACUUUUACUAACCUAUAUGGAUUCAUUGUGACCCAGAAGCCUCUUCCUGAUACAGAGGUUGAUUUGUGGAGAUUGUGCAGGGACCAUGAAGUCGAGUCAAUGGUGGUUCUGAAUGACGGUGAAAUGGGAGAUAACUGGCUACCUAAUGGAGGAGAAAAGCUACACUGUAAUCCUUUUACCAUAAGUGCGAAAGAAAAUGGGUGUGACAGUGACGGUAUCCAACAAGAUCGUCUUCUUAUAUCAACAGACGAUUACAAAUCGUACAUUGAUGUCUUUCAAAUUCCAUCUGGAAAUGAUGAGGCUUUAUUGAAAGGUGCAAAUAUGCUUCUAGAGAAAGGAAAUGCAUCAACUUCUCUUGUCAUAAGCAGUAAUGGUGCCGGACCAGUGGGAGUAUUUUGUGUUCUACAUAACGCUUUUCAACAGCUUCGAAUGGACGGAGAGGUGGAUAUAUUAACAAGAGUCCGACAGAUACAGACUAGGAGGCCAGAGGUCAUUACAACGCUUGAAGAGUACCGCAGGUGUUACCAAUUACUUGGUGGAUCCGUUUCAUCAGAGGGGAUAUAUGCUAAUGUUUGAGGCACAAUGUACGGAGUUUCCUUCU